UCCUCUCUUUCUGCUCCUCUCUUUCUGCUCCUCUCUUUCUGCUCCUCUCUUUCUGCUCCUCUCUUUCUGCUCCUCUCUUUCUGCUCCUCUCUUUCUGCUCCCCUCUCUCUCCUCCUGCUCUGACCGGCUCAGCUCACCUGCUCGUCAUGUUUACCCCCCAUGAGGACGUCCUCUCCAGGUGCGUCUCUUCCCACAGCGGAGCCUUACUAUCAGUCAGAGUUCAAAGGUCACAGAGAAGUUCAUGUUCUCUGAUCUACGUGUAGAGUAAGAUAUCACAGUCUAUAUCGGCUGAUAAAUUUAUACAUAAGAUUUCUUAAAACAGCUUUAAAAGUAUGAACUCGUGCAGCCGCGAACAUUUCACUAGACUUCUCCACCUCCGUCUCUUCACUCGUUUCCUCAGGCCUCAUCGUCUCCGCAGCCUCGAGCAAAUCGUGCAGCGAAGCGAACCGACGACGACGACGACGACCUCACGCCCCCGAUCCGCUCUGCGCGGGACCGGCUCCACCAGAAGACGGACGCCCUGUUCGGCCGGGCUCGGAAAAUAGAAAGAAAGGAAGGAAGAAGAAGGCGAGCGGAGACUUCUGUGCAGAGACGACGCAGCGUUCUCCAGACGGAGCGGCGUGGAAUCCAUCGGCGAUCCCGUGACUUCUGCUCUCGUCCUGGCUGGAGACGCUGGAGCAGGAUGUGAAGGCACAGGUUUAAAAUACAACGAACAAACAACCACGAUAACAGCAACUUAAGGUGUUCAGUCCCACGCCACUCUGUCGAUGAUUCACCCAGAGGAACACCCGCCGGGCCGUCUCCGGGCGGCUAUAAGAGCUUCCGGCCCGAAGCCGACUGACCGCUGGUCGACAUGCAGAGUCUCUUCUUCACCGCGGUGGCCGUGCUGGCGGCGCUGUCCGGCGCCUGCAGCGAGGAGAAGGUCUUCCUGCAGCGAGCCGGCGAGGCCUUCAGCAGCAGAGAGUACCGGAGCGUCCUCACCGUGAGCAACGGAGAGCGCUUUGGGAACUGGACCUGGCCCGAGAUGUGCCCCGACAAGUUCUUUGCUGUCGGCUUCAGCCUCAGGGUGGAGUCCAACCAGUACGGGGGGGACGACACGGCGCUGAACGGGAUCCGCCUCAUCUGCGCCCAGGACGACAAGCGCAGCUUCCUGUACUCGGUUGAGUCCCACACGGGCUACUUCGGUGACUGGUCCCAGCCCCAGUACUGCCCCGGCGGCGUGCUCUCCUCCUUCCAGGUGCGCGUGGAGCCCCACAGGGGUCUGUUUGGCGACGACACGGCCGUCAACAACGUCAAGUUCCGCUGCAGCAGCAACCCGACGCUGGAGAGCCCCAGCACGGCGUGGGGGGAGUACGGCGGCUGGAGCCAGGAGUGCGGCGACGGGGGGAUCUGCGGCAUCCAGACCAAGGUGGAGGAGUACCAGUACGGCCUGGACGAUUCCAGCCUCAACGACGUGCGCUUCCAUUGCUGCGACAGGCAGCAGCAGGUGAACAUCCAGCUGCUCUCUGACGACCACGAUGAAUAAAAAGAUGAUUGGAAACUGA